UCGCUCCGCGCCGCGCGGUGACAGGUGCGGCGGGGCCGCCGCGAUGCCCCCCAUGCGCAGGACGGUGUCGGAGCUGCGCUCGCGCGCCGAGGGUUAUGAGAAGACGGACGAGGUUUCGGAGAAGACCUCGCUGGCUGACCAGGAGGAAGUCAGGACUAUCUUCAUCAACCAGCCCCAGCUGACAAAAUUCUGCAAUAACCACGUCAGUGCAAGCGGAUACGUCCAGUACAGAGUGACAACCCCCAGCUCCUCAGCCGAGCGUAUCCGGGUGCCAGGUUCUGAAAAGCCCCGUUACGUAAAGUCAGUGCAACCUGUGGACGCCGGCUCGGAGCGGACUGGAGAGCCACAGGCUCUCUGUGCAAUGCAGAAACGACACAAAGCUGAUAAUGCUGUCAACAAGAAACAGACACAAGUUUUGAGAAAUGGUGCUUGGGAAAUUGUUCACUGGGAAAAGGUGGCGGUAGGGGAAAUAGUGAAAGUGGUCAAUGGGGAGCAUCUCCCGGCGGAUCUCAUCAGUCUGUCCUCCAGCGAGCCCCAGGCCAUGUGCUACAUCGAAACGUCUAACUUAGACGGUGAAACAAACUUGAAAAUUAGACAGGGCUUACCGGCAACCUCAGAUAUAAAAGACAUCGACAGUCUGAUGAGAAUUUCUGGCAGAAUUGAAUGUGAAAGUCCGAACAGACAUCUCUACGAUUUUGUUGGAAACAUAAGGCUUGAUGGACACGGCACUGUUCCCCUGGGAGCGGAUCAGAUUCUUCUGCGAGGUGCUCAGCUGAGAAAUACGCAGUGGGUUCAUGGAAUCGUUGUCUACACUGGACAUGACACCAAGCUGAUGCAGAAUUCAACAAGCCCGCCGCUUAAGCUCUCCAAUGUGGAACGGAUUACCAACGUGCAAAUUUUGAUUUUGUUUUGUAUCUUAAUUGCCAUGUCCCUCGUCUGCUCCGUGGGUGCGGCCAUUUGGAACCGAAGGCAUUCCGGAAAGGACUGGUAUCUCAAUCUGAACUAUGGUGGCGCUAAUAAUUUUGGACUGAAUUUCUUGACCUUCAUCAUCCUUUUCAACAACCUCAUUCCUAUCAGCUUGUUGGUUACACUAGAAGUGGUGAAAUUUACCCAGGCGUACUUCAUAAAUUGGGAUCUCGACAUGCAUUAUGAACCUACAGACACUGCCGCUAUGGCUCGAACAUCUAAUCUGAAUGAGGAACUUGGCCAGGUGAAAUACAUAUUUUCUGACAAGACGGGCACUUUGACAUGCAAUGUGAUGCAGUUUAAGAAGUGCACCAUAGCAGGAGUUGCUUACGGGAAUUACGACCAGCCAACCGCACCCGUGAUAUGUGAAUUUCUGACGAUGAUGGCUAUCUGUCACACAGCGGUGCCAGAGCGGGAGGGGGAUAAGAUCAUUUAUCAAGCAGCAUCUCCAGAUGAGGGCGCGCUGGUCAGAGCAGCCAAACAACUGAAUUUCGUUUUCACGGGGAGAACACCUGACUCAGUGAUUAUAGAUUCACUUGGGCAAGAAGAAAGAUAUGAAUUGCUAAACGUCCUGGAGUUCACCAGCGCUAGAAAAAGAAUGUCAGUGAUUGUUCGCACUCCAUCCGGGAAGUUACGACUCUACUGCAAAGGAGCCGACACUGUCAUUUAUGAUCGACUGGCAGAGACUUCGAAAUACAAAGAAAUCACCCUCAAACAUUUGGAGCAGUUUGCUACNNACGGCCUCAAAGAUUUAAGUUCUGCUCUCAGUGACUUGGCGUCCAGCGAGUUACAGCACUGGUCACGUGCUGGAAAGAAACGCCUGAGGACUGGAAGAAAGUCAAGGAUUCUUAAGUUAGAAAAUUCAACGGCAUCGUUGGAAUUCAAUCUUCAGCUACUUGGAGCUACAGCCAUCGAGGAUAAAUUACAAGAUCAAGUGCCUGAAACCAUAGAAACUCUGAUGAAAGCAGACAUCAAAAUCUGGAUUCUCACAGGGGACAAGCAAGAGACUGCCAUUAACAUUGGGCACUCCUGCAAACUUUUGAAGAAGAACAUGGGAAUGAUUGUUAUAAAUGAAGGCUCUCUUGAUCUCAACUUACAUGUAUUAUGUGGACAGACCUCACUGUUUUGGGAACCAGCCACUGUUGAAUGGCUUCUGAAAGAAAUCCAGAAUAAGCAAGUUAUUGACUCCGCUCCAGAAAAGAAGGGGGAAAAAGAGAAUUUGGGCUACUUCAGGGUUUCUCCUCUUCAAAAAUCCGAAGUCGUCGAGAUGGUUAAGAAACAAGUCAAAGUCGUCACUCUUGCGAUCGGCGACGGGGCGAACGACGUCAGCAUGAUACAGACGGCGCACGUUGGCGUGGGUAUAAGUGGCAAUGAAGGCCUGCAGGCAGCCAACUCCUCUGACUACUCCAUCGCUCAGUUCAAGUAUCUGAAGAAUUUACUGAUGGUUCACGGUGCCUGGAACUAUAACAGAGUCUCCAAGUGCAUCUUGUACUGCUUCUACAAGAACAUAGUACUCUACAUCACCGAGAUCUGGUUUGCCUUCGUUAAUGGCUUUUCUGGACAGAUCCUCUUUGAAAGAUGGUGCAUAGGUCUUUAUAACGUGAUGUUUACAGCAAUGCCUCCCUUAACUCUUGGAAUAUUUGAGAGAUCGUGCAGAAAAGAGAAUAUGUUGAAGUACCCCGAAUUAUACAAGACGUCUCAGAACGCCCUGGACUUCAACACCAAGCUGUGGCCUGCGGUUCCGAUGGCCCCUGACAUGUCGGGAGAGGCGGCCAUGCUGUUCAGUUCCGGAGUGUUCUGGAUGGGCUUGUUCUUCAUCCCUGUGGCAUCUCUGCUUCUCGACGUGGUAUAUAAAGUCAUCAAGAGGACCGCUUUUAAAACAUUAGUAGAUGAAGUUCAGGAGCUAGAGGCAAAAUCUCAAGACCCAGGAGCAGUUGUGCUUGGAAAAAGCCUCACCGAGAGGGCUCAGCUGCUCAAGAACGUCUUUAAGAAGAACCACGUGAACCUGUACAGGUCUGAAUCGCUGCAGCAAAACCUGCUCCAUGGGUACGCUUUCUCCCAAGACGAGAAUGGGAUCGUUUCACAGUCCGAGGUGAUCCGAGCGUAUGACACCACAAAACAGAGGCCCGAUGAAUGGUGAUGGGGAGGGGCUGAGAGGCGGGCCCCGCUAUGUCUCUAAGGAGAGCCACCUGGUUGUCACCACCGUCUGCUGACCAAUUCCAGCCUGGUCCAUGGGGAGGAAAGGUGGAUCUGAGCUCGUCUCGCAGGUGGACAUUCAGAUCCGUGUGUAUCAUAGACAUAAGCACUGUGCAACUAGACUGUGACACCAUCUCUCUCGGAUUUUUAAAAGUGUUUGUUAAGUCUUUGUAAACAGAAAUUGAAAAUAACCUUGGAUCUCGCCGGAGUGCUUUCUUAAACUGAGAGUAGGUCAGUAUUCUUACGCCAUUGCUCUGGGGCUGUGACUGACUGUGAUUGUAUUGGCUGUCCCACGAGGUGACCAACCAUUACAAAACUCUCAAAUGGUAUUAAGUUAAAGGGACUUUCGAUAUCCAAACUUAGAUUUCAGGAUAUGCUGAAACAAACCAGCAUUCUUAAGGAACUGACUCACCUUACUGAGCAGAAUUUCUAAACAAGGCAUUAUUGUGUGUGUCAAAAAUUGUCUUGAUAAAUGUCUGCCAAAGAAGUUCAGUAAGUGUGUUCUCUAGCUCAGUAGUCAUUUGCUCAGAAAUGUAAGAGAAAGUUACUGCUGGUUCUGCUGUAAGAUCUGCAUGCUUGACUUUUCAAAAUGCAAGAGUGAUUUGCAAAAAUGACUAUUUCAAGGCAUUUGCUACUAAAAUCUGUGAUGUUGCACCUUUGGCCUUA